AACUUAAAUGUCAAAACUAUUAUGACGUUUUCUUUUCGCUGAAAGAAUUAGUGUCGAAUAAUCGUGUUUAUUUAAUAUUUCUUAUUUAAAACGUUGAAAUAUGGCUGCUGAAAUCAAGCCUGCUCCAAGGACACCAAACGAUAGGUUUUCCACUACAAAAAAACCUGCCUUGUUGAGUAAAUUAGAAGGGUGCACUGACGAUGUAAACGCAGCGGUCGUUAUACCUGGCGAGGACGGUGUAAUUAGCGUUUGUGAUGAUAAGACAGUGCGAGUAUGGCUGAAGAGGGACUCUGGACAGUACUGGCCAUCUAUUUGCCAAUACAUGCCAUCAGGCUGCACCUCAAUGUUCUAUACACCAGAGACACGGCAGCUAUUUAUUGGCCAAGAAAAUGGAACUGUUUCAGAGUUCACAUUGGCACAGGAUUGUAAUAGAAUAAACCCUACUCGGGAGUACUUAGCGCACACGGCUCGAGUAACUGCUGUCAACUUCUCGCUGAGCUGUGAGUGGGUGCUGUCUGUCAGUCGAGACAAGCUGUUCGCAUACCACUGCAGCGAAACUGGACGCAGGAUCGGCGGAUACUCCUUCGAAGCGUGGUGCACGUCUUUGCAAUUUGACUCGCAGUCGAAAUAUGCUUUUGUCGGAGACUAUAGCGGGCAGAUAACGAUGCUGAAGUUAGAUAACAAUGGUGCUACGCUCGUCACUACGCUCAAGGGUCACACUGGUUCUGUCCGUGUAUUGAACUGGGCUCCUCUGCCACAGCUAUUGUUCAGUGGCUCGUUCGAUCAGACAAUAAUAGUGUGGGAUAUUGGAGGUCAGAAGGGCACGGCGUAUGAAUUACAAGGACACAGUAACAAGGUGACAGGUCUUUGGUACGUGGGUAGCUGUGAGCGGCUGAUAUCCGCAGGUGAAGAUGGGGCCUUGGGGGUCUGGGAGAUGGGGGUCCGACGACGCGAGACCCCCGCCUGGAAGGAGUCCGAUCUUUGCCAGAUAUGCCGCGCCCCCUUCAUAUGGAAUGUUAGGGCGAUGAUGGAAAAGAAGCAACUUGGUCUCCGCCAGCACCACUGCCGGUGGUGCGGCGCGGCGGUGUGCGCGACGUGCUCCCCGCACCGCCUGCCGCUGCCCGUCAUGGGCUUCGAGUUCCCGCAGCGCGUCUGCACCACCUGCUACGAAACAUUGAGGCAUGAACCUCGCGAAUCUCUGGCUUCAUUCCACGACAUGAAGCACGCAGUGUCGUCCCUGUACAUGGACGAGGCGACGGGCCGCAUGUGCACGGCGGGCAAGGACCGCGUCAUCAAGGUCUGGGACGUCGGCGUACUACUCGCACCCGCGCCCAAACCCUCCACCGCCGCCGACCAGUAACAAGUGCCAACUAUAAAGGCUGAUCAAUAACACGUAUGUGAUUUCUUUACUAACACACUUUACUUAAACAAAUAUUUGAAAUCGUCAUACAUAAAACAUCCAACUUCUGAAAAUUACAGCAACUGUUGUAGUAGUAAAACUCACCAGUAUUAGAACUAAAGUUAUGCGCAACCUUUGCGCAACGAACUGCGCAGAAAUCUUUGUAUGUGCGCAAUCAGAAGAUACAUACGCGUUAUUGAUGAAGCUUCAACAAAUCGUAUUGUAAAAGAUAAUGGCAAUGAGAAAGUUAUCCAUCGGGCUGUUUGCAUUAAUGUUAUCGUCGUUAUAAUAUUAUUAUUUAAUGUGUAUCUAAUGUUUGUUGAUGAUAAUCCAACGAAAGUUUUGCUUUUUAUCACUCGUCGUGAGGUAAGACUGAGAUUUUCAUUUCAGAAUAUGGCGUGUCGUUUAUUAUUCAUAGUAAAACUAAAAAUAUAUGUGUCAUCAUAAUUAUUGUAUGAACUAUAAAGAGACGAAGAUCUCAAAGCUAUUUCAUAUGUGUGAUCAAAAAUAAUCGUCUGUAAUCUAAAACUUCCACAUGUUUGGUGUAAAUAAGUCUGUCCUUGUUUUUGUUUCAUAACGAUUAGUUACGUCUAGUACGACGGUCAACAGUCAAUAUUCGUUUUCUUGAAGUUGUCUAGUGUAAAGCGAAACAAUGUUCUCAUGGGUAAGAGGCGUGUGAAUGCUAACCGAUUUGAGUCUAAUUGUGUUCACGAUAUAACUGCGAGUGUGUUACAUUACGUGAUUGUUACAUGUUACGGCCCGUUCCGGUGUAACGAGCAUCCACAUGAUCUGUCUUCAUUGUACGAACGUUUAGUUUCAUAUGUCGUCUUUUCAAAGCAUGUGCUGAGCUGCUCUAGUCCAAAAUAAUUAUAAGCUUCGUAGCAGCAUUGCAUUUUUAGGUAAGUCGACUAACUUAGUACAUUCUUAUAAACUUCAUUAAAUCGUAAUGUCUUCAUACCCACGCAGCUCAAAUAUUGUAAACUCUGUUAGUAUUCUUGCGUCAGCUGGCUUAUAAUGAAGUAAAGCUUAUGUGGAUGUUUCAACAUGUAACAAUUGAUCUUUGUUUUCAGCAAGGGUAUUUUAUAAAGUCUGAUUACAUUAAUAUAAUGAUUACAACAUCAACUAAUCAAUCGAUGGAGUUGGUCCAUGGGUUGAGGGCAACAAAUGGUACUAUAUUAAAAUAUCUUUGCUGAAAACUAUAUUCUGUUAGAGCUCGUCCGACUAUAUUUGCGUUAAACGUCUAAAUAUAUUAAAUUAGUUAUGUAUUACUUAAAUAUUAAUCGUCAUUUUAUGAAAUUAUAAUUUAUUCCAAUGUAUUAGAUUUGUAUUCCAAUCUUGGCAUUGCUAAAGACAUUUGUUUAUCAAGGCAAUUGCUUAUGUUUUAUAUAAAAAGGUUCUUUAAUUAUAUUUAAUCAAUAUAUUUAAAAUUGUGACAAUGCAACGGAGCAAAUUUUAAAUUGUAUUUACUAAGAAUAGUUUUGUUUAAUGUUUUAUUUUUUUAUAUAUUUUCAUAAAUCGAGCCAAUUGCAUAUUAAUUUAUAAAGUAUGUUUACAAGGUGCGGUAAACGUUAAGAAUGUACGUACUUUGCCUAUUUAAUUAAAACUACUGAAUCUGACAAUAAAUAUUAUAUAUGAAUCUACCCCAUAUAUAAAAUAGUGAUGUGCACUGUCUCAUUCAUCGACAUUAUAAUUGUAUAGAGAAGUAACGAUCUAAUCGGGAAUUUAAUGGAAAGGUGCUUUUACUGUGUCGAGUCACUCUUUUAAGUAUGUUUCCGUUUAUUUGCAAGGUUUUCAACGAACAAAUAGUGCUGUCCCUUCGGCUUAGUGCUCAGCUUUCGAAGGUACAGAUUGGCCGCGCCCGUAUUUUCACAAGUUGAUAUCGUUAAAAGUUUUCCUUUCGAAAUCGUGCAAGUGAAUCUUGUCAUUUCUGGCGUGGACCAAUUGAAAAUUUAUAUAAAAAGGUCUUGUAUAAAUGUAGUAAAACAAUCUUAAUGUGUAUCCGAGUAGGUCAGAAAAAAAGUAAAAAAAAUAAUAAAUGUAAUUGAAUGUUGUAUAAAAAUGUAAAAAAUAAAUUCUAGUGAUGGUUGGCGUGUUUAGUUCGAGAUAGUCAUGGCUACGGAUUUUCGUGAUGUCAAUCUUGAUAUUGGACAUUUCUAGGUAAAUUAUAUAAAUUAGUACCUUCUCCGCCUCCGUAUUUAUGACGUUCUCACUAGACCCCACCUUAUAAAUGAUAUACACGGAAAUUUAAACUUAAAAUAUUUAUUAAAUACGUAAUAUUAUACUAUGUACAUGUACAUUAUAUUAGAAAUGCUUUCCUAUUUAUGAAUAAUGCCAAAAUUAUUUAGAUAUUUAUAUUCAACAAAUUUACGAAUAUUGCACGUUAAUUACAUUAAGUUUGUUUGUUUAUGUUUCAUUUAUUCAAAAUUAUUAUACUUUAAAAGUAUUUUGAAUGUGGUGAUAGUAUUUUUUGUAUUGAAGGACUUAGUGAAUUUAAAAACAUAGUGAAUCCUCCAUUAUGACAAAUAUUAUCAUUCAAUAUGUAUUUGGCGAGGAUUCCAUUAUAAUCUGUAUUAAUUUAAGGUCGAGGAAGUAUCUAUUAUAAUAUUAAUAUUUAAUAUAAAUAAAUAAAUUAACUAUUCUUUUAUGUCGUUAAAAGAGAUUUUAUUUUUCUAUUCAUGGAGCUUAUUAUUCGUUUGUAAAGUAAUACUGUAAUAUAUAGUCAAUGUGUAAUUAUUAUUAGAAGUAUUUAGGUCGCUUGAAAGUUUCUAUGCCAAUAAAGAGUAAGAAGUAA